GAAACUAAAAGAGUGAUAACUAUUCCCAACAGCUCCCUUUCUCUCUCUUGUUUCUCUCUCUAAACCUUUCCCCCUUUUUGCACCGUCAGGAAGCCGAAUUGCCUUCCGCCGACUCUCUCCCCUCUCUUCGAUUUCCCCUUAAAUCUGGUUUAUGAGCUCGAAGGAGAAGCCCACUCUCGGUGGCACGCGGAUUAAGACCCGCAAACGGAAUAUUGCUGCUCCUCUUGACCCUGCAGCAUUUUCGGAUGCAGUGGUCCAGAUUUAUUUGGAUAAUGCUGGUGAUCUGGAACUUGUCGCUAAGAGCAUUGAAUCUUCAGACCUUAAUUUCUCUAGAUACGGUGACACAUUCUUCGAGGUGGUCUUCAGAGGUGCACGUACACAACCAGGAACAUUUAAACUUGAUGAGGGGGAGCACCAUCCCUAUGCUAUAAUUGACUGUGAGCCUAAGCGUGAAGUCAUAUUGCCAUCUGUUAUAUACAUACAGAAGAUCUUGAGGAGGAAGCCUUUCCUUAUAAAGAAUCUUGAGAAUGUUAUGCAAAGAUUCUUACAGUCUUGACUUUUCGAAGACGAUGAAAGGAAGAAGCUUGCCAUUUUCACUGCACUUGCCUUCUCUCAGAAGUUGUCCGGGCUCCCACCCGAGACUGUUUUCCAGCCACUGCUCAAAGAUAACCUUGUGGCCAAAGGAUUAGUUCUUUCGUUUAUCACUGAUUUCUUCAAGGAAUAUUUGGUUGAUAAUAGCCUUGAUGACCUGAUUUCAAUACUGAAGAGGGGUAAAAUAGAGGACAAUCUUCUUGACUUUUUCCCAUCUGCAAAACGAACCCCGGAAGUUGUGUCUGAACAUUUCACCAAGGAAGGACUUCUAAUAUUGGUCGAGUACAAUGAAAAGAAGUUAUUCGAUGUGAAGCUUAAGGAAAUGAAAUCUGCACUAACAACCCAGUUAGCAGAGGAAGUCGACAUAUCUGACAUCAUAGAAACUGUCAAACAACAUGUGAAAGAUGCUAAAUUCCCAGACAUUGAGGUUGUGCGAAUCCUAUGGGAUGUCAUGAUGGAUGCUGUGCAAUGGUCGGCAAAGAAUCAGCAGCAGAAUGCUAAUUCAGCUUUGCGUCAGGUAAAAACGUGGGCACCUCUGCUGAAUACCUUCUGUACAACUGGAAAGCUGGAACUGGAACUUAUGUACAAAGUUCAGAUACAGUGUUACGAUGAUGCUAAAAUGAUGAAGUUGUUCCCUGAAAUAAUAAGGUCACUUUACGACCAAGAUGUUCUUGCGGAAGAUACUAUUCUUCACUGGUUUCAUAAAGGGACAAACCCUAAGGGCAGGCAAUCGUUUGUGAAGGCAUUGGAGCCUUUUGUGAAAUGGCUGGAAGAGGCAGAGGAAGAAGAAUAAGUUGCUGUGGCUGCGCUGUGAUUUCUUCUGCCAUUCCUUCCUUCAAUCGCUUUUUUCGUUUUUUAAUGAGAUAAUGAACUAGAAAGAUCAGUAGACUUGUUUUAUGAUUUGACAUGGAUGUUGUUCUCGAUAACUCCCUUAUAAGACUUAUCUCUCUCUCUCUCUC